AACUUUAUAGUGUGUUAGUUAUGCGUGUGCCAAUUACCAGGUUUUACUGCAAAUGAGACUCAGACACUCAGUUUUGUUUCUUUUACCGCAGAGCAUUGUAAAAAAACUAUUAUCAUUUAUAUUUUACAUUGAAAACGCUUCAAAUGAGCCAAAACGACUUUGAUUCAAGUGUGAUAGAAAUUCCUUCAAUAACUAGGAGAAGAUCGCGCAUAGAAUCGAACACUUCAAGUGGAAGUGGUGAUGUCAUAAUUAUUGAGUCUCCGACUGAAGGAACAAAUGCGAGAGCCACAAGGAGGCGACGAAGAUCUGCAACAUCCGGUCAAAAUGAGAUUGUCGACUUAACGUGUGCAACGGAAACUUCGAGUGUUUCAGUUGAUCUUGUCGACCUUACUCUCACACCAAGUGAUCGUUCAAGCAACUCAAGAACACAAUCCCGGGAAAGGACACCUACUACGCAGCGACGGUCGCGACCGUUAUCGAGCAUUCGUCGUUCAAAUCCGUCACAAGCUACUUCUGCACGACGCACAGAUACAGCAAGGUCUUCCAUGGCAUCUGCAUCUCGUGUUAUGAUUCCCCCAGAAACACCGACAGUAAUAGACCCAAGAUUCCAAAACCUGCCUGAAAUCAACUGCCCCGUUUGCCUCGAAACGUUAAAAACGAUUCUCAGCCAAGGCAACGAAAUUCGUUCCACAGUCUGCGGUCACGUGUUCUGCCACAACUGCAUUUCAUUGGCCAUCCGCAGCAGCAAAAAGUGUCCAACUUGCCGACGAAAACUGACUUUGAAAAAUGUGCACCCACUUUACCUAACAAUAACGUAACGAUUCUGAAUGAAAAUUGCUGUAGUUUCACAACAAAAAAAUUCCUCUUCUCAACUCGUCUUAAACUAUUAUCAAUCUUAUCGCACUCUUGUUACAUUUUUUUUCUUCUAUUGCCUGUGUCCUCUUACUGAACUUUUGCUGUUCGGUGUGCGUGUACGUAGUAGCUGCCCCGGUACAAUACCGUGUAUAUUGUCCAGCAUAUCUGUUAAAACUAAACAUUCUUCGUAUGCAGACUUCAAAUGUCCUUUCAAACUCAUACGACUUAUAGAUCAUUGUAAACGGGACGUCGCUUUUUUGCACUUUGUCGAUGUUACAGAGAUAUGAUACAAGGAUGCCAGAAUAGGAUGAUGCGUCUUUGUUUGAAAAUUGUUCUUUUGUAUUGGUCUUGCUUUUUGAAAGUACACCAGCUUUUGAGUUUAAA